AUGAGGGACCCAUGUGGUGAUCCCCCAUUUAGGGGCCUCUCAGCAGGAGGCCAUCUGAGAGGAGGAGGCCUAGAGAGGUCUUUAUUUAGGGGCAUUGACUGCGUCCGCUGCUUUUGUCCUUUUACGGAUUAUCCAGCGGCGUCGAGGCCCCCAGUUCUUGGGGUUUAUGUGGAUGAGGAGGAAGCAGCAGCGGCAGCGGCAACUGCCGCUUCUCCUGUAUCGGCAGCAGCAGCAGCUGCUGCAGAGCUCGCAAGAGUUGCAGCGGGAAAACUGCUGCAGCAGUGGGGGCCUCGAGCAUGGACAGAUCCUAGGGCCAGGCGUCAGCUCCUGCUGCCUGGGGCUGGAGGCAUUGUGGUCUGCAGCAACAAGUUAUUACUGCGCUGCAGCACGCUGACUGGAGUGUGCAGCAGCACCAAACACUUGCCUGCUGCAGCUACCUGCUGCUGCUUUGCCUCGCAGACACCCAAGGGGCCGCUGUUGGUGGUUGGCAGCUUGGACGGGUGCCUUCGGGUCUUCGAGGGAAGAACCCUACGACUCGUCAAAACUCUGGAGACAACGGCUGUUGCUGCAGCUGCAGAAACUGCUCUUUGUGUGCCUUACGGGCUCUCGAGCGCUUCUGCUGUAAAGCAGCUUAAUCCCCCUUAUUGCGGUUUAUCCACGGCGGCACCUGCACAGGAGAGCGGAACGAGACAAAUGCGUACAAUCAGGUCACCGUGUGAUUCAACAGUCUCUGGGACUGCUGUUUCAUCUUCGUAUUGUUCUGCUGCCACUGCUGAACGCAGUUUGCAGCGAACACCUAUAUGCUUGUUGCUCGUCGGGAAUAACGCCCUGCUGGCCGGACUCGGGGGUGGCGUCGCUGCGGCAUUUUUUCUAGAGAACUGCCGCCUUGCUGCAAUAUACCGGCUGCCCCCGUCUGUUCGCUACUUCCUGCAGCAGCAGCAACUGCGACUGCAACAGCAAAAGCAACGACACACGUCUCCAGCGAGCGCAGAGACACUGCAGCAGGUGCAGCUGCAGCACUGUCGUGAACAGGCCGCGAAGAAGUGGCAGGGGGUGCUUGCCAAGCUGCAGCAUCCUCACGCAAGCGGAGACGGCAGUGACAGCGUUCGGGAAAUGCAGCUGGCAUUAGAGGCUCAGCUGCCUGUUUGCUGCCUGUUCGCUGCAGAAGCAGAACGCUUUGUGGUGAUGGCCGUGCAUCCAGAAGGCUGGAGAGACAUACCGCCUUUGUGUAGUAAAAACGGCACCAGCAGCAACAAAAGCAGUUGCACAAUGCAGCGGUGGUGUCGAAGCUCGAUACAUGCUGCAUACUACAGAGUUCCUCCUCCAGUUGCUGCUUCAACAAUUACUGCUGGUGCAAAGCCAUGGGGCGGGUGCUUCAGCAGCAACUCGAAUGCAGCGAAUUCUCACCAGCCGCGUGCAGCAACGGAAACUGCAACAGAUGCAACAGCAGCACAUACAGCAGAAAUAGCAGCAGAGUCCGAGUCUUCAGCUUCCGUUGCCUCGUGGCCGCAGCUGGUUUUCCAUCAACACACCGGUGCCUGCCUAGGGACGCUAUGGGGAAGUACCUCCCGCACACUUGCGGUAGGCCUAGGAAGGCUCCCUAUAAAGCUGCACGGGAGGGAGCAGCAUCAGCAGCACCAACCGCAGCAACAACUGUGCUGCAUGGCGGUAACCACCACACACGUCCACUUCUGGCAGCAGCAAGGUGCUCCAUGCAGCAGGCGACGCCUACCCCAAAACCGCAGCACGCAGCGCUCUUGUAGACAGCAGCAGCAAGAAGUCAACGGCGCUACAUCUCCUGCCUGUUUGGUGGAUGAUGCAGGCCAUCUAACAGACGCAACAGCAGCAGGUUCGGCAACAGCGAAAGCAGCAGCCUCCGGUACUGCAGCGCAUCUCGAGCAGCAGCAGCUACUCCACGAAAAACGGCAGGGGGACGCCACCGUCUGCCCUUCUUUCCUGUGCGGGUGCCGGGCGUCGGACUGCCAGCUCGCCGCUGCAACUGCAGCAGUAACUGCCCAAGCAGCAAAACAGACAGCAGCGGCAAAACCUCAAACGGUUGCAGAUGUAGGCUCCCCCGCCGCUGCAGCAGUUGUAGCAGGGGCAGGAACAGGGGAAGGUGGCUGCGUUGGCGGUGUCUGGUGGUCCCUUCUUGCCAGCUUCUCUUUGCCCCUUAUUUUGUCACAGCAACAGCAGCAGGAAGAGAGCUCGUUAGCCGACGCACAGCUUGACUGGGGAUCUCGACUAAUUGCGCUGCUACCCAGUCGCAGCAUCAGCUGUUGCUUGUUGUCGUGGCGCAUUGGGGAGGGUGGCUUGGAGCUGCUGCCACUUCGCUGGGUGCAGGUUGCUUCGACUGGAGGGUCUCUUCGGAAGCCCAUUCUGCAGCGUCUUUGGUACAACCGAGGGCUCCUGGCCGCCUCUGCAGAAGACGGAAAUGUUCGCUUGUUGUUUCACGCGGACCGUAACACGCAGGAGGAGCAGCAAGAGGACGUGCCUUAA